CCCCCUCUUCUUUCACGUCUGACUUUUCUCAUUCCCUCUCUCCUCUUUUUAUAUCAUUAUAUAUUAAUAAAAAAAGGGAGAAAGAAAGAACGUUUUGAAGCUAAAAACACCCAUGUGUUUUUGUUUUGGUUGCUUUUGAUGAGAACUGAAACAGGAGAAGCCCAAAAAAAUUAAAAAAAGAAAGUGAUCAAGAAGAAUCUCUGUUCUAUACUUGGCUGGUUCUCUAACUAUAUCAAACUAUACAUUUCACAUGAUGCUAGCUUCUGCUUAUUAUUGCUAUUAGGUAGUGGUCUUUACUCUUUACUUUUAUUUUUCUUCUUUUUACUCUCUUCUUUCUAGCUGAGAGUGGGAAACAGAGAGAGAGAGAGAGAGAGAGCGAGUGUGUGUGUGUGUGUGUGUGCGUGUGACUCUUUCAUUCCAAACAGCACUCAAGAAAUGACUAAAGAAGAAGAUUUUAAGCUCCUCAAGAUCCAGACUUGUGUUCUCAAAGUGAACAUACACUGUGAUGGGUGUAAGCAGAAAGUGAAGAAGCUCCUUCAGAGAAUUGAAGGGGUUUACCAGGUAAACAUAGAUGCAGAGCAACAGAAGGUGACAAUAUCUGGAAGUGUAGAUUCUGCAACUUUGAUUAAGAAACUAGUCAGAGCUGGUAAACAUGCUGAAGUCUGGUCUCAAAAGUCUAACCAAAAUCAAAACCAAAAAAACAAUUGCAUCAAAGAUGACAAGAACAACAACAACAACAACAAAGACCAAAAGCAAGGCAUUAUUAAAGGUCUAGAAGCUUUCAAGAACAAACAGAAAUCUCCUGCAUUCAGCUCUGAAGAUGAUGACUUUUUUGAUGAUGAUGACGAGGAGGAAGAUGAAGAUUUUGAUGAAGAUGAGCUUAGAUUUCUUAGGCCAAGUCAAUUGGGUUUUCUCAAGCCACAAAUCGAUGCAAAUAAUGCAAAGAAAAAUAUUGCAGCCUUGGCAGCAGCAGUACCCAACAAUGGUAAUAACAAAAUGAACAAUAAUAUUGGAAAUGGGAAUGCACAAAAGAAAGGAAACCCUAGUCAGAAUGUGGGAAUGAAAUUUAAUGAACAUCAUCAUCCAAGUGGAAUCGAUCAAAAGGCAAUGGCAGCAUUGAAAAUGAACAAUGCACAAUUAGGAGGUGGAAAUAUAAAUUCUGGGGAUGGCAGAAGAGGAAAUGACAUAGCAACAAUGAUGAAUCUUGCUGGUUUUCCUGGCCAUAAUGGAAGUAUUGCAAAUUCUGCUUCUGUAGCUGGUUUUGGAGGCAACAAUCCCAAUGGUUUAGGAUUUCAACAGGUUCAAUCAACUGCUGGGUAUCAUAAUCAAGGAUCAGCUGCAGCAGCAGCAGCAGCAACAGCAACAGCAGGGUUUCCUAGUGGUGGGUUUGCAGCGGGUCAAUAUCCACCAUCUAUGUUAAUGAACACGAAUGGCUAUAACAACCAUCCAGCUGCAGCAGCAUCAAUAAUGAUGAACAUGCAAAACAGGCAGCAAGUCAUGCAACACCAACAACCUCAAAUGAUGUAUCACAGAUCUCCUCUUAUUCCACCCAGCACUGGCUAUUACUAUAACUAUUGCCCUGCCCCUUACCCUUACACUGAACAACUGGAGCCCAAUUACAAUGGUGAUAAUUCUGCCCCAGCAAUCCACAUGUUCAGUGAUGAAAACAAUACCAGCAGCUGUUCAAUAAUGUAAACAAAAAUAAAUAAAAUAUUAAAGAGUAUGGUGGUUUGACUUGAAAGGAAAAGGAAAAAAACAAAAAAAACAAAAGGGUGUGUUUUGGUGGAGUCAGUGGUCAUGGCUUUUUGACAGUAUUCUCUGGUAUGAGAUGUCAUGAAGUGAAUCUUAUCAGUGUGAGGUGUAGUAGUUAGUAUUUGUUUUUAUUUUUAUUUUUUUUGUUUUACUAGUUCAACUCUGUCUCCUUGUUUUUUUCUCCGUAUCUGGACAGACUUGAUAUGUGGUUUGCAACGCCACACUACUAUUACUACUAGUAAAUGAUCAAAAGAAAGGAGUGGUGAUUAGUAUAUAAAAAUGUUGCUUCUUUUGUUUAA